GUUAUAAGUAACAAGAAAUAAACAUUUGCCUGUGGAGAUGUGGGGUUAGGGUGCGAUAUUGGCGGUUGCCAAGCAAUAAACCGCAAAAAUUUAGCAGUGUAAUAAAAAAGAUGGGACGCAGUAUUGUGGAAAGUUUACGGUUUCUUAUGAGACAGAAUAAGCCCCCUUUGGAGGCUUAUAUUAUUCCGACGGACGAUGCUCAUCAAAAUGAAUAUAUUUCCCAGCACGAUGCGAGGAGAGCCUUUGUUAGUGGAUUCAAUGGAUCUGCCGGAACUGCAGUGAUUACAUUAGAUAAGGCUUUAUUGUGGACAGACGCGAGAUAUUAUGAACAAGCCGAAAAACAAAUUGGUGCGGAGUGGGAACUUAUGAGAGAUGGUUUGCCAGCCACUCCUUCUAUUGGAAAAUGGAUUGCAAACAAUGUACCCAAAGGAAGUGAUGUUGGUGUGGAUCCGAAACUUCUUUCAUACCGUCAAUGGGAACCCAUACAAACGGAAUUGACAAAUACAGACUGUACGUUAGUUCCUGUGGAGGAAAAUUUGGUCGAUGCAAUAUGGGGAGAUCAACAACCUAAGCAGCCUUCCAAUCCCAUCAUUCAAUUAGAGCAAAUAUUUUCUGGUUUAACGGUUGCAGAGAAAUGGAAAGACAUUAAGAAUCGAAUGCAAGAAAAUACGGCCCAUGCGCUGGUGGUGUCAGCUUUGGAUGAAAUUGCAUGGUUUUUAAACCUCCGGGGGUCAGAUAUUGAAUAUAAUCCCGUAUUUUUUGCGUAUUUAAUUGUUGAAAUGAACAAUAUUAAGUUAUUCGUUGACAAAACAAAACUUCCGGAGAAUUUUGAAGAAUAUCAGAAACAGAAUGAUGUUCUUAUUGAUAUUUAUCCAUAUGACUCUAUUGGAAGUGAAGUGAAAACCAUAAUAAGUUCAUUAUCAGAGGAGAAAAUAUGGAUUUCUCCAACCUCAAGCUAUUACUUAUGUUCUUUGAUACCUAAAAAGUUAAGAGUCCUUGAGAUCACACCUAUAGCCCUUAACAAAGCAAUUAAAAAUAAUACCGAAAUCGAAGGAUUUAUUAACUGUCAUAUUCGUGAUGGAGUUGCACUCUGUCGAUAUUUCGCUUGGUUAGAGGAUUCUGUUCAGAAUGGCGAGAAUGUUACUGAAAUUUCUGGAGCUACGAAAUUAGAAGAAUUUCGAUCGAAGAAUAAAUACUUCAUGGGCUUAAGCUUUGGAACGAUAAGUGCCAGUGGUCCCAAUGGUUCUAUAAUACAUUAUCAACCAACUGAAGAAACCAAUCGACGCAUAGUUAGCCAAGAAAUCUACCUCUGUGAUUCGGGGGCUCAGUAUCUGGAUGGAACAACGGAUGUCACGCGUACAUUUCAUUUUGGAGAACCGACAGAAUUCCAAAAGGAAGCAUACACACGCGUUUUAAAGGGCCAGUUGAGAUUAGGAUCCACAAUUUUUCCAACAGAAGUAAAGGGUAAUGUCCUCGAUACAAUCGCAAGAAAAUCACUUUGGGAUGUGGGACUAGAUUACGGACACGGAACAGGGCAUGGGGUUGGAUCAUUUCUUAAUGUGCAUGAAGGUCCUAUGGGAGUAGGAACUCGUCUUAUGCCUGAUGACCCCGGUUUACAAGAAAAUAUGUUUAUAUCAAACGAGCCUGGAUAUUACCAAAGUGAGGAAUUUGGAAUUCGUAUUGAGGAUAUUGUUCAAAUUGUCCCAGCUACGAAAGGUUAUAAUUUUGCUGGAAGAGGUGCUUUAACGUUUAAAAAUAUAACAUGGUGUCCAAAACAAACGAAGAUGAUCAGAAAAGAUCUACUUCUAGACAUUGAGGUAACCAUUUUAAAUGAUUAUCACAAACUGGUUUGGGAAACCUUGUCGCCGAUUUUACGUGAAGAAGGCGAUGAAUUUACCUUGGCGUGGUUGGAAAAAGAAACCCGUGCUAUAUAAAAGUCAAUGGAAUUUUGUAUACGAUGAAUAAUAAAGAUUUUAUAAUAAAUAUUGCCGAUCACCAAA